CGGGCCAACAGCAGGAACCAAAACAUGGAGGACGAUUGACGUCAACGGGACUUCCCUGUCGCGAAGCACACGGAACUAAGCGAGUAGACUGAAAUUCUCUUUUUGUUUCCGGUAGCUUUAAAACACAGAGGUUACGAUAGAUGAAAUCGCAGUUUUGUGAGUAGAGAGAGCUAGCGUUUACCGAGACCGACAACGCGGAGUAGGAGGGCGUGAUGCGUUCGCCGGGCUUUGUCAGAGGCCGUAGUAACAGGGCGGGGCAGGAAUCCGAGAGGGGCGGGUCUUAACGAGAACACGACUCGCCUUGUUGUGUGUAUUCCCGUGCUCGCAUCGCCAUCUUGUUGCAAUCCUAUUUUUACGUAUCCGAGGAUCUACUUUCCGUUCGGCCGGAUUAAAAAUCGUCCCACUGCCUUCAGGAGAAACGCAGGGGACGAAGAGCUCGGGCGUGCAGGUGUUAACAGUGCACACGGCGCUUCCUACCGGGACACUACCUACCCAACGGUCUUUUUCCUCCUUCCGUCCCGGGCCACCGGGUCGCCUGCCGUGAGGGUUUACGCGCAAUGAGCAUCGAUACACUUUUGGAGGCGGCCAGAUAUCUGGAAUGGCAAGCCCAGCAACAACAGAUCACACGUGAGGAAGAGCAACGCAAGGAGAAGGAGCUCAUCAAUAGGGAGGCAGAGUCGAGGCAUGUGGAACUUGUGACCUCGCUGUCUCCGCCAGUCAGAGCCAACCACAUCACUUGGGGAGAUGAUACUCAACGUCAACAGCUACAUCCACCUCCCGCUCCUCCUCCCCCCUCUCUCCCACCUCCACAAGUUCCCAUCGCUGUCAUCCCAAUGGUCCCGGUUGUCACUGCGACGCCCUCGGUCCCGCCUCUCCCACUCACAACCCCGAUUGCUGCGGCAGCAACGACGCUCAACAGCUCUCAGCCAGCCAAGAACGCCUCCUCCUCUCCAAAGCAGCAGCCGGCCUCUCCUCACCUGUUGUGCGCCCCCCAGAUGAAGGUAGACACCAGUCAGCAGCUGGUUGGCACAAAGCCCAGCCAGCCACAGCCUCAGGUUCAGAUUCAGUACCCACCCUCCAUCAGCACUAAUGGCUCUGGCUCCCAGCAUGCACUGGUCCCCCAUCAAGCUACACCCACAUCUCAGCCACGGCCUAAUGGAGUGACGAUGGAGGACAUGAGGGGGAUGGAAGGGAAGAGGAGACCAGGAGGAGCCGGGACCAGAGAGGUGCACAAUAAACUGGAGAAGAACAGGCGAGCGCACCUCAAGGAGUGUUUUGAGACGCUGAAGAAGAACGUCCCAAAUGUUGACGAGAAGAAAACCUCCAACCUCAGCGUUCUCCGCAGUGCUUUGCGUUACAUACAGACUCUGAAGAGGAAGGAGAAGGAGUACGAGCAUGAGAUGGAGCGUCUGGCCAGAGAGAAGAUCGCUACGCAGCAGCGGUUGGCCGAGCUCAAGAAUGAGCUCAGCCAGUGUAUGGAUGUCAUCGAGAUCGACCGAGUUCUCCGACAGACCAUCCAGCCAGAGGACGACCAGGCCUCCACGUCCACUGCCUCAGAAGGAGAAGACAACUUUGAGCAGGACAUCGAUGAUGAUGUCCCUACUCCUGUUUCUGCUCCCACAUCCCUCCCCAAACCAACACCUGCCAUCUUACAAGCCCAGCCGCUCCUCCCUUCUCACCUGUCAAUCCAGCACACUGCCCUGCCGCUCUCUGGUGUCCUGACUACACCCUCCCCCUCUGCUCCCCUUCCCCCUCAAGCCAUCGCCCCUGCUCCGGCCCCAUGUCCACCCCCACCACUGCAGGCUCAUCCUAUUCAACCCCCGGCAGUGCAGGUCCAGCCUACUGUCAUCGCUCACGCCGCCGUCUCCCACGCUUCAGUCAUCCAGGCUGUCAAUCACAGCCUGCCAGCCAAUCACAAGCACCUGACGCACAUCGCCCCGUCACCUGGCCCCACUUCCUCUACCCCUCAGCCAAUUGCGGCGGCUCCAGCUGCGACCGCCACUCACCAGCAGAUAGCUGCCCAGCCCAUCGGACACAUCACCGUCCACCCGGUGGCUCACCUGGGAGGUCCCCUACCAUCCCACCUCCCGACUCUCUACCCCCAGGGCGUAUCUGUGUCCCAGCCCACCAUGGUGGGCCACAUCACUCACACCUUUACCCAUCACACGCUGCCGCACGUCCAGGCCAAUCAUCAAGCUAACACUAACGGAGCCCAGGUGAACAGCGCAGCUGUGAUGAGCCAGGGGAGCCCAUCACUGGGAAAACCUACAGCAGUGCUGGCCCCCCACCCACAGCUGGUUGGACAGGCUGCCGUCCUCAACCCUGUCACUAUGGUUACAGUCCCAACCUUCCCUGUCAGCACACUCAAACUGGCCUGAUAGAGUAAAGAAAAGAUGAGGGGAAAAACAUUCAGAACUUUUGUUGCACUCCUAUCAGUAAUCAAAAGCGGAGAAUCUCUGACAGACACAUGAAAAUUUGCAACUCUCAUACAACUCAUCAACAGUUUUUAUGGACAACUUAUGAUGAAUAUCUCCAGAGAUAUCUUGGUCACAACUCGUAUGGGAACAGUAAUAUUAAAGCAGAGUCAGUGGGUCAGGCCAUUGUUUUUGAAAAUAAGACUUUGACAUUUGUCUGCGCUACAAGGACAGGAACUCUGUUUUAUCUUCCUUCCUUCCUUCCUUCCUUCCUUCCUUCCUUCCUUCCUUUACAACCAGAAGCACUAACAUAAUAAGCUCAGUUCACACUCAGGCAUCAAGGAUUUACCUUAACUCUUCACUCACUCAUUGAGGGGAAACGCAUGAGAGAAUGCUGUUGCCAUGGUGAUACAGUAUGUGCCCAUUUUGUAUUCAUAUAUCGGUGAUGUCUUGUGGGACGUGCUAGUGGAUUAAUGUUACUGAUGUGUUUGAGAGCAGGAGGACACCCAGGGCUUUGAUCAAGUGUGAAGCAAAGCAUUGUCACUGACACAGUUCUUCACUUUAUGUCAGUAUGUUAUAUUGCUUCUAGUUUCUUUUCCACUUUGCUUUUGUUCCUUGAUCCUGGCUCAAAACGUGCUCCAUGAAAUGACUGCUUGGCCCUCUCCUUCUUCCUUCCAAAUGAAGGUUCCUCACCGCUGCACUUGCCACCAAACACUUUGCAAACUUUUUAAGAAAAGAAUGAAGAAUGAACUAAUAAAACAGGAUCCAGUCUGCACUUAAAAAGACUGAAAAAGGGCAAAGAAACAAUUACUGGCCUUGUGGAGAAGUUAUUUAUAGAGACAACAUGGACUUUACCUGUUGGUUAUUGCACAAAGAUUUCCUUGUUGGAAGCCGCUAAAAUACAGAUUAACAAUUAGAGCAACAUGUUAGAGCUCAGCAGUCAGAAAGUCCUGAAACAGACAGUAAACAAAGUUAGGAUUGGAAAUUUGGAAAAGUGUGAUUUUUGAGAUUCAAUUUGAAAAAACAAAUUCAUGCAGUUAGUUAAAUGUUUAUCAAUGAUCGUAACAAUGAGUUUUGUCAUGAUUACCAGUCUCUCAGUGAAAAGCUUGGUCAAGGUUAAAUGUUAGCUCUCUCUCCUCUAGAGAACUCUUAUGUUAAAGGUUCUUGAGCUGUCAGAAUGAUUUGAUUCUGGUUAUGGACAAGAUAAUUUCACUGUGAGAAAUCAAAAGAUUUGUCAUUUGAGUGCAUUAUUCCCUUUAAGUCUUUGUACCUGCUGGUGAUUUUUGAGGCAAAAAAAAGCUCAGGAAACCAGCCAGGACCUCAAAGUCAAGACCAUGUUUUCCAACCUGUCAUAGGCUAUUUGGACAGUAGUGUAGUUCAUGCUGAACAACGAUCUACGUGGAAAGAUGCGUGUGUAUCCCAGAUGCAUAAAUUUAAGUUCAAAGACAGAUGAUGACGACAUGCCAUACAGCCAUUGGCUUACUGCUCUCAAAACACAGACAGGUUUCCUGGCGUUGCUGUCAGACGACAAGCUUUCGUCCUCUUCAUGCUGAUGCAACAGCUCCCUCUGCUGCUUCAUUCCAGACCUCAUACUGAUGUUACUCACACAACACUGCGGAGCACAACACAAACUUCCUGCACACACGUUCAAAAUUUGUGAAAACAUUGAGAGAGACGCCUUGACUGUAAAAGCUCAUUCUUGAAAACAAAAUUUCAACUCAAGAAAAAAUAAUCCAAAUUUUUUAGUUUUAUACAGCAUUAAAUCACAUGCAGUAUGGAUCUGGGGUCAUGUGACAAAUUUCAACCACUGAGAAGACUGUGAGGUGGGGAUGGAAGCCACAGAAAAACAAUUUUGAGAAGUUUGGAUGCGGCACAGAAAAAAAAAUGGACAGGAAGAAGUAUUGUUCAAGCUUGGGAUCAGUUCAUAUUUUAUUGCAGUUUUUUAAAAAAAUAAUUUGGCAACGACAUCACAGAUUUUUUUUUUCCUCUUCCCAGUGAUGUCGAACAAACAAGCAGUAUCCAACACCCAAGCUAAAAUCCUCUGCUCCAGUUCAGAAAAUGAGUUUCUUUUUUUUCUUUCAUUUCAGAAUGGAAAUUUUGUUGUGAUGCCCACUUUCCCUUGUGUGUGUGUGUGUGUGUGUGUGUUUGUAUUUGUCUUCUGUGUGUCUUUAUGUGCACAUACUCGAAUCAUUCAUGGCUUCACAGCACUCUUGCCAGUCUAUACAUGUCACGCCAUAAAAUCUCCCGUUAGUGUAUGUGUAGUCAGUGUUGCGUGGAUCUGCUCCUCACCUCUUCUGCUGUUUCUGUAUGUCAUGUCUUUAUAUGUGACUGUAUUCAGUAUGUUUUAUAUUCUGUACUAUAGUUAAUCCUACUGUAUCUGUAGCAUGGCUCUGUUUUUUGUUAUAAAGUUUACCCUGUGCAUGAUGGAGUGUGUGUGUGCGUGUGUGUGUGUGGCAAGCGAGCUAUUUUUUACACAGAGUUGAUCUAUGGUAUGAGCCUGUUUGGGUGCUAUCGUGUGUGUGCCUAUACUCAGUUUUCCUGAACACUGUGACAACUCUGGCAAGACACGUACGCAUUGAGCGAAUCGAAGAGACAAAAAUUUACUGUCCUAAUUGUUUCCUAUGUUUUUCUUUUUUUUUUUUUUUUUUUUUGGUAAGUUUUCCAUUUUGUGAGACGGACUGCAACAUGGAGUGGAAAAAGUUAAAAAAAAAGAAAAAAGUAGUUGCUCUUUUCUUGAUAACACAAUAAUGUCUAAUAUUCAAUUUGAGUUUUGUAAUAUUUGUAUGUACGUAUGAAAGUUUUGUAAAUUUGUGAUCGUAUGCACGUUUUGGCAUAUGAGUGUAUGUAUCAAAUUUUAAUAUGCUUGUUUCUUUUUGGUUUUGUUUUGCAUGUAGAUUGCUGUUUAGUUUCUUUUGUUUAAGAGUUUUGUUUUUCUGUUUUAGUUUUUGGGACCAUGUACAAUACUGUAUAACGUGGGCAGGAUCUUGGACCUCAUGCUACAUUGAUAUUAUAUAUGAAUAUAAAAACAUGUUUUCCCUAUGGAGAAAGUUUUAAGUUAUAUAUCGCCUGUACACUUUGGGCUGCCUUUUAGAUCUAACUGUCCACUGUUUAAGAUAACUGAUGAUAAUGGAUACAACAUAUUAAUGAUGAAGAAUUAUGCUGAUAAAAUAAUAAAGAUUCUUAAUAAAUCUUAUUACAUUUACAACA